UGGGUGUGGUAGUAGCUAGCAAAAAAACCUUGUUUAAAUUCAGUGGAGAGUACACAAUUUUUUCUUAAUCAACCAGAGAACAUACUUGCAAUAAAAAUUUCUAUUUUGGCACUAAAAGUACACAAAAUAGAAGCAAAAACAAAGAAGUGCACAAAUUUAAUGGGUUGGUUUUCUAAAGCUUAGAUUGGGCUUAGAAUUUAACUAGUCUCUGCUGGCUGCUGAAGAAAGAAAGAAAGAAAGAAAGAAAGAAAGAAAGAAAGAAAGAAAGAAAGAAAGAAAGAAAGAAAGAAAGAAAGGAGAAGAUUCUUUGGCUGCAGGCUGGCUUAAUAAAAGAAACAGAAACGAGAGAAUUUAACUAAGUGCGAAUCUUAAUCCUACCACCAAACCUCAGGUUAACUCAAGUCACAAGGAAGAGGAGAAGAAAAGAUAAUCAAUGGAAAUUCUAUCUUCUAUUGUUGGAACAGUAGCAGAACAUACUGUUGUGCCUAUUAGACGUCAAGCAAGUUACUUGAUAUUCUACAAAGGCAAUUUCAGUAUGCUAGCGGCUCAUGUUAAAGAACUUGAGGCUGCAAAAGAAAGAAUAACCCAUUCCGUUGAAGAAGAACGGAGAAACGGUAAAAAGAUUAAGAGAGAUGUGAUGAACUGGUUAGAGAAAGUGGAUGAGGUCAUUGAAAAGGCAAAUCAGCUUCAAAACGAUCCUCGUCGUGCCAACGCUAGGUGCUCAGCAUGGUCGUUCCCCAAUUUGAUUUUGCGUCAUCGACUAAGUAGGAAGGCCACAAAAAUUGUUAAAGAUUUUAUUGAAGUUCAAGAAAAAGGGAAGUUUGAUCGAAUUGGUUACUAUCCUACCCUAGAUGGAAACGCCUCCUCCUCCUCCUCAAAAAGAGGUGGUGAAAAUUAUGAGACAAGGGAAUUACUUAAAGAAAAAGGGAUGUUUGAUCGAAUUGGUUACCGUCCUACCCUAAAUGGAAAAGCACCCUCCUCCUCCUCAACAAGAGGUGGUGAAAAUUAUGAGACAAGGGAAUCACUUAAAGAGAACAUUAUGAAGGCACUAACGCACCAUAAUUCAUGCAACAUUGGGGUCUAUGGGUUGCCUGGGGUGGGUAAGACCACUCUGGUAUAUGAAGUUUGUCAAAUAUCUCGGCAACAGAAAUUGUUUGAUACAGUUGUUACAACGCAUGUAACUAAAGAUCCAGACAUUAAAACAAUUCAAGGGGAGAUUGCAGAUAGGUUGGGUCUACGAUUCGUUGAGGAGACUAUUUUUGGCAGAGCACAUCGCCUGAGACAAAGAAUCAUGAUGGAAAAAAAUAUCCUUGUCAUUCUAGAUGAUAUAUGGACCCAACUUGAUUUGAAAAAAGUUGGAAUUCCAUUUGGUAAUGAACAUAAUGGUUGCAAGUUGUUGAUGACAUCUAGAAAUCUAGAUGUGUUGCUAGAAAUGGAUGUUCCAAAGGAUUUCACUUUCAAACUUGAACCUAUGAGUGAAAAUGAGACAUGGGAAUUGUUUCAAAUUAUGGCUGGGGAUGUCGUUAAAGAUAUCAAUUUGCAAAGUUUAGCAAGUCAAGUUGCCAAACAAUGUAGAGGUUUGCCUCUUCUAGUAGUGACGGUAGCUCGAGCAAUGAAACAUCAGAGGGAUGUUCAAUCUUGGAAAGAUGCAUUAAGGAGAUUACAACAUGAUGUUCAUCUUACAAUUUUUUCUGCUUUGGAAUUAAGUUACGACUCAUUGAAAAGUGAUGAAAUGAGGGAUGUCUUCUUGCUUUUUGCAUUAUUUCCAAACGAAAAGGUACAUUACUUUCUAAAAGUUGCAAUGGGUUUGGAUAUAUUUAAGGGUAUUAAGACCGUGUAUGAUGCUAGAAAUAAACUUUAUUCAAUAAUCCAUUCUUUGGAGGCGACUUGUUUGAUUGAAAUUAAAACAAGUGGAAAUAUCCAAAUGCGUGACUUUAUUCGUGAUUUUGCUAUCUCCAUAGCACGUAGGGACAAACAUAUAUUUCUAAGAAAACAAUCAGAUGAGGAAUGGCCACCCAACUAUUUUUUAACAAGGUGCACGCAGGUUGUUCUAGAUAGUUGUGUGUCCGAGCUUCCUCAAAUGAUUGACAGUCCAAACAAUAAGUUUUUCUAUUUGAGCAGUAAGAAGAACCGUUCUUUAGAAGUUCCUGAUGAUUUUUUUAAGGGUAUGGGAAGCCUUAGAGUCCUAGAUUUAACAUUUCUGAACUUGACUUCAUUACCUACUUCCUUUCGGUUCCUAACCGACCUUCAAACAUUGUGUUUGAAUUUUUGCAUUUUGGAAAACAUGGUUGAAAUAAAUGCAUUGCAAAAUUUAGUAAUUCUUUGCCUUUUGGGUUCUUCAAUCACCAAGUUGCCAAGAGAAAUAGGGCAAUUGACUCAAUUAAGAAUGCUUGACUUGAGCAAAUCAGGAAUAGAAGAAAUUCCACCCAACAUUUUAUCAAGUUUGACUAAACUGGAGGAGUUGUACAUGGGCAAUACCUUUGUUAAUUGGGAAGAUGUGAGUUCAAUGGUUCAAAACAAAAAUGCUAGCAUUGCUGAGCUUCGAAAACUACCCAACUUGACUACUCUAGAAUUACAAAUUCGCGAGACUUGGAUGUUGCCAAGGGACAUGCAGACGGUGUUUGAGAAGUUGGAAAGAUAUAAAAUAGCUAUUGGUGAUGUAUGGGAAUGGCGUGACAUUGUGAAUGGAACCUCAAAAACAUUGAUGCUCAAACUUGGGACUAACAUACAUUUGGAGCACGGAAUAAAGGCAUUGAUUAAGGGUGUUGAGAAUUUGUACUUGGAUGAUGUAGGUGGAAUUCAAAAUGUGGUUUAUCAACUAAAUGUAGAAGGAUUUCCGUUGCUGAAACAUCUCCACGUCCAAAAUAAUGCAAACAUGAAACAUAUUGUUGACUCUCAAGAGAGGAAUCAAAUCCAUGUGUUCUUUCCCUCGUUGGAAACACUAGUACUUCAUAAUCUUAAAAACUUGGAGCAUAUAUGGAAUAAAAUUUGGAAUUACGAUCAUCAUUCUAUGUGCAACUUAACUAGCUUGAUUGUGGAGAGUUGUGGUGGAUUGAAGUACUUAUUCUUGUCUACUAUGGUUGGAAGUUUUAAGAACCUCAAACACCUUGAAAUAAGUGAUUGUCCUUUGAUGGAGGAGAUAAUAGCCAAAGAAGAGAGAAACAAUGAAAUAGUAGAGGAAUCAAAUUCACAUUGCCUUGAUAACAAAUGUGUUGGCUCAAUGUUUCCAAAGCUAGAAGUUCUUAAUAUUGAGGGAUGCCCCUUAUUUGAAUGUAUAUUUCCUUUCCUCUUUGUUCAAGACGUUCCAGUACUGCAAAAAAUCAGAAUUAGAAGAUGUGAUCGAUUGAAAUACAUAUUUGGCCAAUACCAACAUGAGGAAUUUAGGUCACUGAAACAAUUGGAGCUCUGUCAAAUACCAAAUUUCAUUAAUAAUCUCAUAUCCUUGUCUGAGAAGGGGUCAUCUUCCACUUCCAAUCAUGGUUCCAACAAGGCACAGUUACAAUUGGAUUUGGACCCUGUGAAAUACAAUAUCUUCUCUUGGGAUACCACAACUACUACAAUCCCAUUGCUUGAUGGGCACUACUCAGAAUCAAAUUCAUAUUGCGUUAACAUAUGGGAGCGAGUUCAAUGUCUUCAAAUACCAUCAAAUAUCCUUUACAAUAUUAAAAAGAUGGAACUGUCUCAAUUUUCCAAGAUGGAAUCGGUAUUUAUUCCAUCUAUUGCUUCAAGAAUGUUGUUGGAAACUUUGACAAUAAGGAACUGUGAUGAAUUGAAGAACAUAAUAGACUUUGGAGAUUAUGAAAGUGGUAGCAAUAAUUGGGGCGAUGUCUUCCCAAAUAUGAAAGAGCUCUACAUUGAAGAUUGCCCAAAAAUGGAUUACAUAUUUGGACACGACACCAAUGAUCAUCAAAACCACGUGGAGAUUCAGCUUCAACUUCAACUUCUAGAGUUGAAAUGUCUAAGUCUUUGCAAUCUGCCAAGUUUAGUCGCCAUGUGUCCCAAACAUUAUCGAAUAAGAUUUCCUCCUUUGGCGAAACUUGAACUCAACAAAUGUUCCCCGGCUGCUAUCAAAUCUAUGAGUAAUUUCAUAAUUGAUCCAGUUUCAGAAUCUCUGAACAGUACAAUCAUAAAGGGUAUCGAGAUAAUUGAAGAGGCUUCUACUUGAGAAACAAGAAAUGAACCACCUAGACAAUUAGUUGCUGAUCUUAAACAAAAGGGCAAGUUAAGUGUUGAAGAUAUAACUACAUCAUCACUGCCUACUGCCAAAACAAUAACAUCUUCACUGGAAUAUGGCGAUGAACAAAUAGCCAUACCCGUUUCAAUUUCCACUUCAGAAGAACCCCUACCUACCAUAGAAGAUGUUGAUAUUGAAAGCUCACAGGAAACAACUCAGACUAAUAAUCAAGUUUCUCUAAAUGAUGAUGCUUUCAUGAAAGUAAACUCAAAUACUGAAGAACAGUUUCCUAAGGAUGAUGAAAUUUUAGUUUCUAGUUCAAGACUCUCUUCUGCUGCAUCUCACUUUCCUUCAAUGCCUUCUAAAGAUUUUGAUUUGUAUUUGCA